UAUUUUUAUUUCUUCUUCUCUUUGAUUCUUCAGACAAAUAUCACCGAAGAAAAAAAAAUAUAUACAUAAAAUUUCCUCCUGAAAUAACCAACCCUAGUUCAUUUCUUCUCUCUGUGUACUUCAAUGGAGCCUUUACACAGAAGGAAGCUUUCUAACGCCAAUGGCUUAUCAUUUUCUGCUAAACAGCAUCCGUACGACGGCGUUUUAACAGGUGCACAAUCGAAGUUCGGAGCUCCGGUUUUACCUUCCGGAGCUCCGGAUUACUCUGAGAUUUUUGGAGGUUCUCGUGAUUCUUCGAUUCCGGUGCUUGAUCUUUCUGGUAUCGAUGAUGCUGCGGUUUCCGAUGAUGGACGGAGCUCCGAUAAACUGGAUUAUUCCAACAUUUUUGGUGGUUUUUCUCGGGAAGAUAUGGCUGUGCGUAAUGAAGAGUUGUUUUCUAAAGGUAAACGAGGGAAGCGUUCUUCUGCUAAAUCUAGGACUGCUUCGGAAGGAUCCGAUCAAUGUAGUCCAAGUGGAAGGCAAAAAGAGUCCUCAUGUGAUGCAGCUAAUCAAUCUUUGGAUGGGCCAAAACAUUUUAACCUAUCUUAUCAUAAGACCAGCCAACGAAGCAGAGAUGGGUUAAAUGGCAUGACACAGAUUGCUGAAUUGCAUGCUGUCCCUGGUUUUACGCAUUUUAUAGAUGAAAGUUCUCAUGUUCCAAAGACUGAAUCCUGUCAACAAGCACCCUUUGUAAAAAGUGAUGUACUUCGCCAAAGGAGUUUUAGUGGGGAAAUCUUUAAAGGACGUGAUAGGAAGGGGGAUUUGCAUGUCCCAAAGAUACAGAGUUCAGAUGGAGUACAUCGCAACAGGAGCUUUAGUGGGGAAAUAUUUAAAGAAGGGCAUGCUAGGAACAGGGAUUUGCAUGUCCCAAAGUUACAAACUUCAGAUGUACAUCGCAACAGGAGCUUUAGUGGGGAAAUAUUUAAAGAAGGGCAUGCUAGGAACAGGGAUUUGCAUGUCCCAAAGUUACAAACUUCAGAUGUACAUCGCAACAGGAGCUUUAGUGGGGAAAUAUUUAAAGAAGGGCAUGCUAGGAACAGGGAUUUGCAUGUCCCAAAGUUACAAACUUCAGAUGUACAUCGCAACAGGAGCUUUAGUGGGGAAAUAUUUAAAGAAGGGCAUGCUAGGAACAGGGAUUUGCAUGUCCCAAAGUUACAAACUUCAGAUGUACAUCGCAACAGGAGCUUUAGUGGGGAAAUAUUUAAAGAAGGGCAUGCUAAGAAUGAGGAUUUGCAUGUCCCAAGGAAUCAAAGUUCAGAUGGACAUCACAACAGGCACUUUAGUGGAGAAAUAGUUAGAGAAGGACCUGAUAGGAGUGGGGACUUGCAUAUCCCCAAGAAACUAAGUUCAGAUGUUCAUCAUGACACGAGCUUUAGUGGGGAAUUAUUUAAUGGACAUGAUAGGAAGGAGAAUUUGCAUGUCCCUAAGAAACUGAGUCCAAUUGGUGUAGUGAAGGUUAAAAGUGGAUCUAGCUGGGAUGUGUUCAAUGAUAAGUUUUUUAGUGCACGUGAUGAAUUUGACAAGAGAUCAAGUUCCACUGAAGGGGCAUCGGCUUCCAACCCCGUGGCCAAUGACAUCAAGGGCCAACCUUAUCAAUCAAAAAUUACUGGUCCUGAUUCCAAAUUUGGUGAAUCUGGAAGGGGUAGUCGUGUCAAUGAUACUUCACCACCUUCCUCUGAUGAGGAACUUGAUGCAAAUUCGGCAGCUGCUAUUUCUGCUGCCACUUUGAAAAAAGCCAUAGAGAAAGCUCAAGAGAGUAUUAGGCUAGCCAAAGAGCUAAUGGAGAGAAAAAGCGAAGGUGUUCCAGCUUCUCUGAAACGAAGGUCUAAAGGUAGCUUAAAAUCCAAGGAUAAUAGGGUUGAGUGCAAUACAAGAAGUAACAGGGGAAAUACUAUAGAAUUGCAGGGAAAAAUAGGUAUUGGAUUGCCUCCAUUUACUGAGGUUUGUCGGGAAAUUCCAUCAAGCAAUGCUGUUUUGGCUUCAUGCUUCAAUCUUAAAGAACAGCAAAGAGUUACUGGAAAUGUUGAAGUAUCUCACAGAGAUGUAGCAGGAACUUGGUCUCCGGAGGUGGUAAGCAGUAGAAAAGAGAAUACUCAAACCUUGGCAUCUCAACAGGUUGACAGCAGCAAUCAUUCCCAACCAUCUAUGGAGAAUAACAGUCAUGUAUACAAGCCAAAGGAGAUGAAUCCAAGUAACAAGACCAAAGAGCUUGACGAAGCACCUGAUUAUACCAAAUCAAUGGGGGACAUAAAGCCAACACCAAACAUCCUUGGGAAGUCAGAAGCUCCUGAGGAAUACAAGGAUACUUCCAAUUCAGCUCUGAUGCAUGAUUCUGAGGAAUAUGUAAAUUCUGAAAUGACCAAAGACUAUUGCUUUGCUAAGGAGAAGGCAAAUUGUUUUGCUGAGUCGAAGAAGUCUGAAAAUAUGAAGAACAAUCUGGAGUCUACAUUUGUUGAACAAUGGAGUUUCAAGAACUUGCAGAAUUCUCCGGCACCGCUUACUGAGGAGAAAAUUGAGUUCCAAGAAAUGGAGAAUGAUAACUUACAUAACAACCAAAAAACACCUCUAGAAAAUGAGACACUGAACCAUGAAGACUUGGAAUGCAGAAUAGCAUCGAAGCAGCUGGAAAAAGUUGAGAUGGAAGAAAACAAAAGUAGAUUGAGAAGGAGCUCCGAUGAAGAAGAAACUGGCAUUGUGGAUAAGGAAGCCGCCCUAUGGGUGGAAAAUGAUGAGAAGCCCCAACAUGGCUUCAAGAAAGAAGGCAUUGACAAUAAACAUGAAGAUUUCCAAGGGGGACAGGACACUGGAAUAUCAUAUGGGGUUCAUGAGUGUGAGCCGAGUGAAAGCAAAACGACUUACUCUUGUGAAGGGGAAGAGAGUGAGAGAAAUCUUGAAGGAUCUGAGAGGGAGGUACCUCAGAAUAUAUCCAUAGAGCCUUGUCAGUACGAAGCAACUGAAGAAAUAGAGAACCGAGCUGAUAAAUUCACACAGAAUAGAAACACUGAAGCAAGUCAGAAGGUUGAUGAAAUUGAUAGUAAGCUGGUGGAAGCAUCUGAUAAGAGUGAGGGUGAUCAGGAGACAAGUGUGGCUCCAAGUGUUGCUGAUAAACAAAAUUCAAUGAAAACUAUUUAUGAGCGUGAUCACGAUGGCAGUACUUGUUCAAGUGAGAUACAAGAAGCUUGUGAAUAUCAACUAGAAAAUGGUGACCUUGGAAUUAGUCAGCAGGCAGUUGAUUUUGAAGGGAUACAAGGAGUUUCUGAAGCUAUCAAUGAGCAUGCUGAGUGUGAGAAGUAUGGAGCAAUUGAAGAGUCAUCCAAUUCUAGGGAGAGGGAGAUAAUGGAAACUGCUAGUGAUCUCCAAAAUGCUAGUGAAGGGGAUACCUCUGAGGGCAUGGUGCAAGAUACUUAUGACUCCUCAUCUGAGGAUGCCAAGGAAGUGAGUCGGAGUUCCACUUGCAUGAACACUGCGGAUAAUCUUCCAAGUGAAAGAGUGUUGUUUGAGAAAGAGAGCUUCUGCAAUGUCAUUCCAGAGAAUGUCAGUGAUAAUGAAUCACAUUUUGUACCUGAGGUCCACCCUUCCGAAGAACAAAGGAAUACCACAUUUAUUGACAGAAACCUUGAACAGAAACGCGAUGAGACUGGUAAGGAACCAGAAGAAUCCUCAGAUCCUGAUGAAGGGGAUGACUCUUGGGUCCCUGAACAUGUAGAGAAUGAGGAAACAAUCAAGGUGGAUGGUAGUGUUGACCAGGUUGAGAAAAACAAUGAUAUUGAAGCAGCUCAGCAAGUAAAGAAGUCUGUUGAGAACUCAGAAGGCUUGGAGUGGUCUUCUUUACCGGGUGAUCGUGAACCACUGGGCAAUGAUGAAGAGUUAAAAUCAGAACUGAAUGAGGAAGAGAAAAAUCUUAGCGAAAAAAUUGUUGUAGAAGAGGAUACCAAAGAGUCGUUAACAAAAGAAGUGGACAAAAAUAAUGGUAGAAAAACUGAGGUAGACAUGAGACAGCAAAGGGAAAGGGAAAAAGAUAGAAAAGUGGUGGAAAGAGCAAUUCGUGAGGCUCGUGAGAGAGCUUUUGCUGACGUCUGUGAAAGGGCAGAACGAGCUGCUGUGGAGAGAGUAACUGCUGAAGUUCGGCAAAGAGUAAUGGCUGAGGCACGAGAAAAGCGUGAGAAAGCUUCUGCAAGUAUCAAGGUAUCAACAGACAAAUCUUCCAUUGAAGCCAAGCGUAAAGCAGAACGAGCUGCUGUGGAGAGGGCAACUGCGGAAGCCCGUGAACGUGCUUUAGAGAAAGCUUUAUCACAAAAAAACAUAGCUGAAUUAAGGUCUCAAGUAGAUAGAGACGAUGUUGAAAGAUCUGCUAGUAGAACCAGAGAGAAUAAAUUGAAGCAAAGCCUUUCUUCUUCUGAUUUGGAGAAAUUUGAUGGAAGUAAUAGUGAAUCAGCUCAGAGGCGCAAAGCAAGGUUGGAGAGGCACCAGAGGAUAAUGGAACGAGCAGCAAAAGCCCUUGAGGAGAAGAAUCAGCGCGAUCUUCUGGCUCAGAAAGAGCAAAUGGAGAGAACUAGACUAGCAGAAGCUCUUGAUUCUGAUAUUAAAAGAUGGGCCAGCGGGAAGGAAGGGAACCUACGGGCACUGCUUUCGACUCUGCAAUAUAUCCUUGGAACCAACAGUGGUUGGCAACCUAUCUCGCUGACUGAAAUUAUUACUACUGCUGCUGUGAAGAAAGCUUACCGUAAAGCAACUCUGUAUGUUCACCCUGAUAAGUUGCAGCAAAGAGGAGCGAGCAUUCAGCAAAAAUAUAUUUGUGAAAAGGUUUUUGAUCUUCUCAAGGCCGCAUGGAACAGGUUCAACUCAGAAGAGAGGUGAUGCAAUGUCCUAAUGUUGGCCAUCAGCUUUUCAAGAUGGAAAAUGAAAUUUGUUUUGUAGAUACAUUUAACUAUUGGCAAUCUAGUCUUAGACAUGAACAGUAGCUCAUCAGUUUGGAAACUCAGGGUAAAGUUAUUUACAAAAUGUUGAAAUGCAAGGAUGAUGUGUACUUGGCUUGACAUCUAAAACUUUGGUAUGAAGGGUUUAAAUGAUGGGCCUUUUAAAUUUUAAAAA